CUGCUGCUGCAGGAGGACUCACUUCUGCUGCUCAGGAGCUCUGGAAACACUCCACACUGGGAUGAGGCUGCUGCCCGCGGCUGCUGCUGCUGCCAUGGAGCCCAGCGCGAGGAAGUAGCGGGUCCAGCACCGCCUUAAACCCCUUAAAGCCCCGCAGAACCUGCAGAAUAUGCUCAGCCCAGGCUCGACUGGCUCAUUCUAACCCCCAGACCCGAGUCCUCCGCGGGCCUGUGCUCUCUGCUCUCUGCUCUCCUCUUAAAGCCCCUCGGUCUCCAGAACCCUCACCUGAGAGAGAACUAUGGCAGACAAGCCGACAGCCGCGCAGGGCACCGGGAUCCUGCUGGUCACCGCCAACGUGGGCUCGCUGUUCGAGGACCCUGAAAAUCUACAGAAAACAUGGCUGAAGGAGUUUUAUCAGACGGUCCAGUCCCACAAGCCUCACUUUCUGGCGGUGCACUGUCAAGAAGUGGGCGGGAAGAACUACGAGGCGUCCAUGUCACACGUGGAUUGUUUUGUCAAAGAGCUGAUGUCCAGCGAUUGCAUGAAGGAGUACAGCAGGGCCCGCGUCUACCUCGAUGAGAACUACAAGUCCCAGGAGCAUUUCACGAGCCAACCGGGGCCCAAAACUCUCACCCGCUGA